AUGACGACAACACCAUUGAAGCAGCUCCAAGUCGCGGGCACUGUGGUCAUCGCUGAUACAGCAGAUUUUGCCAAAAUUGCUCGAUUCGAUGCCUCCGAAGGCACGACGAAUCCGUCGCUCUUGUAUAAGGCAGCAAAAGAUCCCACAUAUGAGUCACUCAUUAGAGCAGCGGUUGAAUAUGCCAAGUCUCUCGAUACUGCCGUGACAUCAGCCGAGCGUCUGAGCGCCGCUGUUGACUUUUUGGCCGUUCAGUUUGGCACGCAGAUCUACAGUCUCACCGGCCGCAUCAGCACAGAGGUUGAUGUUGCGCUGUCGUUCGACGCAGAUGCCACGGUUGCAUCCGCAUUGCGGCUGCUGGAGCUGUAUAAAGCGCAAGGAGUUCCCAGAGAAGCUGUCCGCAUCAAGAUUUCCGGAACCUGGGAAGGUAUCCAGGCGGCGCGUGUUCUUCAGCGAGACCAUGGUGCGAGCUGUCUCGUGACCGUCGUCUUCAGCCUAGUCCAAGCCAUCGCCGCAGCCGAAGCCGGUGUAGAUGCCAUCGCUCCUUAUGUCGGCCGACUCGCAGACUGGGGCCGGCUCCAUGGCAUCGAGGGCGACCAUGGAGUCGCAACUGUAUCCAAGAUGCAGAAUUAUCUGAGAAAGUUUGGAUACAAAACUCAGGUCAUGGCAGCCAGUUUCCGCACAACAACACAAGUGCGAGCGUUGGCAGGAGUAGACCUCCUAACGGCUUCUCCUGAGAUCUUGGAAGCAAUGCUACAUGAGACUGAGCCGGUUGCUCCAAAACUGACCCGGAACACUGUCCACGAUCUGGAUGUUCCCAAGAUCUCGUACAUCAACGAUGAGCCCAAGUUUAGGUGGGAUUUCAAUCAGGACGAGUGCGCGGUGGAAAAGUCCGCUGAUGCCAUGAGGCAAUUUGGAGAAGACACGGAGAGGCUGAAAGCCAUUCUCCAGCAGUAUGGUUCAUUUAGUUAG